AUGGAUAAAUUAGAUACAGUGUUUUUUAAGGGUAAGGGCAGUAACCCCAAAGGCAAGAAAGACAUCAGCAAAAUAUUUUGCUUCAAGGUAAUCCACGUAAAAGUGGAAGCCACUGCAAUAGCUCUUGAAUCAUGGUUUUCUGUAACCCCAGAAACUAUUGCUAUCCACCAUGCAUACCGAUGCAGUUUACUGGUUGUAGAUGUUGGGUUUGCGGGGAAAUCCCUUUUCAUUUCAGAGACAUGCAAACAUGUUGUUGCAAUUGAUAUAGAUCCUGAGAAAAUUGCAAUGGCAUAUCACAAUGCAUCAGUUUGUGUAGCAGACCGUAUAGAUUUUAUUGUUGGAGACUUCUUUAAACUUGCUCCAUUUUUAAAGGCUGAUGUUGUAUAUUUAAGUCCUCCUUGGGGUGGUAUGCAGUAUAUGCAGGAGAAGGUGUAUAAUGUAAAAGCCUUGGAUGGACUCAUUAACUGUGAGACGCUUAUAGCUACAGCACAGGAAAUAACAAAGGACAUAGCUAUCUUUUUGCCAAAGAAUAGUGAUUUAUAUCAGGUUUUGUUUUGAUAAAAGGGAUU